GUGUAUGGGUGUGACCAGAUGUCAUCACACGGUCAGUCAGUCAACAAGCUGACAUGUGACACACACGCACGCAUACAGUCACACGCAGAGAUGCGAACGGACCGAGCUCAGCGCCUACACGACCUGCCCUUAUCUGCUUCCACGAGCCACGCCGAGAUGGAGAUGUCAGCGGCUGCAGGAGGCCUGGGGAUGUCUGUCCACCGUCAGCGCUCCGGCACGGUGAAGAGGAGGAGGUGGGGAGGGUUGAGGCAGCAGUGGAAGCUUCUGGGUUUGUUUGAGAUCGAUCAGCAGCAUGAGCUCUACAGCCUGACCUGCAUGAUGAAGGAGGGUUUGGCAGCAGCCAUCCAAAAUACCAUUGACAAUGCACCUACAAAUGAACUGUCAGAUGAUGAUUUCCGAUUAGAGGUCACUCAGAUUCAUAAGGAUUUUACAAUGGAGACGUUUGCAGGCCCGGUGUUUGCCAGCCUGCGUGGCUCUUUAGGAAUGACAGAGCAGGAGUAUCAGCAGUCGCUCUGCUCUGAAAACUGCUACCUUCAGUUCAUCAGCAACUCCAAGAGCAAGGCCGACUUCUUCCUGACUGUGCCUUAUCGGAUCCGUGCUUCCUGCCGUGCUUCCUGCCGUGCUUCCUGCCGUGCUUCCUGCCGUGCUUCCUGCCGUGCUUCCUGCCGUGCUUCCUGCCGUGCUUCCUGCCGUGCUUCCUGCCGUGCUUCCCUGUAUCUACCCUGUGUCUACCCUGUGUCUACCCUGUGUCUACCUCUGGUUCGAAAUGACAAACGCUUCUUUUUGAAGACCCAGAAUAAAAGAGAAAUCAAAUUCCUUCUGGCCAACCUCAAUAUCUACAUGGAACAUCUGAAGAAAUACCCCCAUUCAUUGCUGGUCAAGUUCCUAGGUGUUCACAGGAUCAAAAUCCCACACAGGCGCAAGAAAUACUUCAUUGUUAUGCAAAGUGUGUUUUAUCCUGAUGAUCGAAUCAAUUCCAGGUACGACAUUAAGGGCUGUGAGGUGAGUCGUUGGACAGAACCUGCACCAGAGGGAAGCCAGAUUAUUGUGGUUCUCAAAGACCUCAACUUUGAAGGCCAGUACAUCACUCUGGAACGGCAGCGCCCCUGGCUCCUGCGGCAGGUGGAGAUCGACACACACUUCCUCCGAAGGCUCAAUGUGUUGGACUACAGUCUCCUGCUGGCCCAUCAGCCCUUACACCACGAUGAACGCCACCAGAGUCUCUCCUUCGCUACUCUCAUCAUGAGAACCAAAAAAUCUGUGAAUCCAGGCUCCAGCCCGGUCCACGCAGGUAUAGCUGCUGUCCCUGGGGCAGUCCCAGAAGAUGAUUCCAUCUUACUUUUGUCUGAAACAAAUGACAGCUGUUUGACGCAAUCACAAAGAGUUGCAUCAAGUGGUGGCUCUCUUCAAACGUGCCUGGAGCAUUCAGGGCCAGGCAGUGACGCAGCUGAGCUUCCAGACUUCAGAGCCCAAAACCGACGUUUACUGCCCAACUUAAAGAAUCCUGUGCAUGUCAUCGAUGGACCCGAGCAGCGCUACUUCAUCGGAAUCAUUGACAUUUUCACAGUUUACAGUUUUAAGAAGAGGAUGGAGCAUUUGUGGAAGAGGCUGAGACAUCCAGGCCGGUCCUUCUCCACCGUCAGUCCACAGUCUUACUACGUCAGGCUAUGUCACUGGGUAGAGGACCAUACCAAGUAGACCUUGAAUGAGUGGUGUCCAAACAACUAAAUGGUCUAUCAAAGUCUACACACAUGAAACAAGUUUAUCUGCAUCUGCUCUAUGGCGCCAAUACUCUCAUCUCUUCACGUGCUCAAAACACACUUUUGGCAUUAUCUUUGUGACUUAUGUAGACAUUUUGAGCAAAAAUAUUUUCUGCAGAUACGUGACAUAAAUAUAGUACCAUAGACAGCAUAUUUGUCUGUCAGAGCAGUUUUCCCAAAUACCGUUGUGGAAAAGGGUUUCCAAAUAUGCCCGGUGUGUGAAAAAAAAAAGACUCCUGAUGUGCCUUAAGAAAAGCAUAAACAGACAAACAUGAAAUACGCUUCAAAGGCUUUGCAUGCAGAUGUCUGCUAUCAUGUACAAAGAUCAUCAGUGUUGGCAGAACUGGAUGCCUUUUCUCUUAACUUGAAGUUGUGACGGUCUAGGAUGAAACAAAAGAUCCAGCAUCAUGGAAUGAAGUCAACUUGCAGUCUUUUUUAGUUUAUUUAUAAUGUUCCAGACUUGUGUAAUGCAAAGGCAAUUGUUGGAGCUAUUCAUUGUUUUGUAAUAUUUAAUAAUUAAACAUUUAUUUAUUGCUGUUUUGUAGGAAGUAAUUUUAAUAUUUAGUAUAAUUAUUUUAGUUAAUUUGAGUAGUUGUUUAUGCUUUUGUUUUGAAGGCAGCUUCAGCCACCGGUGUAACUGUAUAUAUUGGUAGACAGGUGGAGGAGGCGUAUGUUAUUUUUUUACCAGGGCAAGAGAGGCUGCAGAGGCCAUUGUUCUUUGUUUUGUUUGCUUACUAACAAUGAAAAUAAAUCACACAAACGUAAUUCUUGGCUGGACAAUGGACUUCUGCGUGAGAUUCGCUCCCUGGUGAUUUUGAGUUAGUUUUGUUUGUUUAAUUAUUUUGGUUUAAGUCAAAUUGCCGCUACAGCUGUCUGGUAAUAUGUGUUUUAUUGCCAUUUAUUCUCUUAGUAUUUCCUGAUUUUAACCUGUUGUGUGUUGAUUAUACCUUAUGAUUAGAUACAACUGUUUAGACUUGUGCUCUCACUUUAUGUAGAAAAAAAGCAAUUUUGAUUAUUUGUCAUUUUGAUAUGGUUAAUGGUAAUAGACUUGCAUUUACAUAGCGCCUUUCUGGUCAAAGCGCUUUUACAUUUACACACACAUUCAUACACUGAUGGCAGGGCUGCUGUACAACGUGCCAAACUGCUCAUCUAAUGUUCAUUCACACACACUCACACACUCCAGCGAGUGAUGGGACUUCAUGAUCAUCUCAUGGGUUAAACUCCAGCAGCUUGUGUCUCACGUAUAUCCUGGUAUGACUAAACAACCCAUGUGAAAUAUCGUAUGUAUGAAAAUACAUGUAAACUUCAUUCAGAAGUAUAUACUGAAGGCCAACUAUACUGAAGUACAGUUGGCCUUUAUAUCAGGAUUUCAUUUAUUUCUGUGAAGAGAACUAAAUUAAAUGGUUAUUUCUAAAGUUUGAAUUACUAUCAAGAUAUAAUAAUAAUUAUUAUUGUUUAAUCUCACAGGGUAAAGCACGAUGAGACCAAGAUUAAGUGAACACAAGCGGUUGUAUUCAGUCUUCCCUCUCUGCUAAACAGCCUCGUCCUAGAAAACAUCCAUGAAGCAAACAGAACAAUGGCUAAGACCCAAUUCAUACAACUUUAUAAGUAUGAAUGGUUGUUAAAGAUAUAAAAAAUGAUAAUACAGACAGACUUGUCCUUCCUAAAAAGUUCCUUAAAAUAAGAGGAAAACUGAUCUCUGAUUCACAGGAAAUAAUCUGCUCAAAAUGAAGCAGUGAAUCGCUUGUUUUACACAAACUUCCUGCAGUUAUUAUAUUCACUAUUUGGGUUAAUGUUACAGUUUAUCAGAUGUUCUUUACUGUUACUUUUAUGAAUUGAAUAUAAUAUGAAAUAUUUAUUAAAUAUGUCACUUAGUAAGGGGUCAUCAGUUUACUAAAUGAUAGAAAAGUGAAAAGUUUGGGAACCUCACAUGUAGGAUAUUGUGAUAGUUCUGGUAAAUAACAGCCGCUAACAGGCACACAAGUAUCCAAAUCAAUUUAAUAAGGAUUGUUUAUUUGGUUAUACUUCUUGAUAUAUUAACAACAGGUCAAAUGACAAGUUGUAACGUGAGAGUUGUUAUUUUGUGACAAACCCACAAACAAUUUUUUACAGGAGUUUUAGCUUCUUUCAGCAUAUUGUUUGGUUUUAACAUCCCUCAACUAUAAUGUUGGUUCAAUGUUCAGUGACAAAGCUCUGAAAGAGCCUGGACCAGACAAACUGAAACAUUGCUUUACUCUUUUUUUUUAAACAAAUGUUGAUGGUAGCCACA